AUGUUUUGGUUUAUCGUAGGGAAAAGAAGUAGCUUUAUCGCGUUUUUCUGCGUCGUCUUGUUGAUUCCCUCCUCAAAAGUCGAAGCGAAAAUUUGCGGUAGUAUCGACGUGAGGAAUUACGUGAGUAAUUUGAAUAAAUUGAGGAACUGUACGGAAAUAAUAGGGGAUUUAACGAUUGUUUUAAUGGAAAAUACUGAGAGUGAAUCGGAUUAUGAUCCGUAUGUGUUUCCGGAGUUGCAAAAAGUGACCGGGUUCGUGAUGCUUUUUAAUUUAAGGCAUUUUACUUCAUUGGGAAAGUUGUUCCCGAAUUUGAGGCUGAUUAGGGGAUUGACGCUGUUGCAUAUUUAUUCGCUGGUCAUUUAUAACGUGCCCAAGAUGAAAGAGGUAUGUUAUAACAACAGUGAUCUCCAAUCCUGGCUUUUCAUUCAUUUAGUUGCCAUAACUUAUUAUUGCAGUAUCGGUACUAGUAAACUGUCCUACAUAGCAAGGGGCUAUAUAAAGAUUGACGGCACUCCAAAUUUGUGUUAUCAAGAUACGAUAGACUGGAAGAAAAUUGGACCUAAUAGCUUUCCACAUUAUACAAAGGACCGAACUGAUUGUCCUCCUUGUCCUGAACGGUGUAAUGGAUACUGUUGGAACCAAGAUCAGUGCCAAGUAUUUACAGACGAUUGCCAUGAAGAAUGUCUAGGUUGCACUCAACCAGGAUCAAAUGCUCACUGCGAAGUUUGCAAGAACUUCGAAAGCGAUGGAAUAUGCGUAGCUCAAUGCCCUUCUGACAAAUUCGCUCUCUAUGAAAUGGGAAAAUGCAUAACAAAAGACCAAUGUCUCUCGCACACCCAUAAGUCUAAGCCCUGGUUCGUCUACGAUGGAGAAUGCCUAAAUCAAUGUCCUGAGGGAACAACCUAUAAUGCCAAAAAUAACAGUUGCAAAUUCUGUGGGGACGAAUGUGUAAAAAUCUGUGAUAGUGCGGCUUUAACCACCCAAAUCGUCAUAGAAAACAUGAAGGGAUGCACGCAUAUAAACGGAUCCUUAUCGAUCACAGACCUUAAACGUCAAGAAGAGAAAAUCACGUAUGAGUUUCUUCUAAGGCACCUUCGGUCGAUAAGGUACAUUAAGGAUUAUUUGCUGAUUGCCCGCAAUGAGAUUCUGGAAGAUCUGAAUUUUUUACCGAAUCUAGCGGAGAUCAAGGGAGAAACAUUGAAUGGUAACAAGGCCCUCUUUGUGUUUGGAAAUAGAAAUUUAAAGAAGCUUUGGAAUCUGGAUAAUAAACAGUUUUCUUUAAAAAUUAGUCAUGGCAGCAUAGGUUUUCACGAUAACGAACAACUAUGUCUUACAGAAAUCGAACAAUUUGCAUUAAAAAAUAAUAUUACCUAUACCGAAACAGAUGUGUCACAAUAUUCCAAUGGAUUUGACUGUAACAUCUUCAUAGAUACAAAACUCCAGGUGAACGUUACUAAAAUCACAUCCAAUAACGUAACGUUAAUAUGGGAACAAAAAUAUGGACAACAGGGACUUUAUUAUACAGUACAUUAUUCUGAUUCAGAAGAACAAGAAGAAACUAGUGAAGAUAUGUGCAUGGCCAAAAAGUUCAGCUGGAUCACCUUAACCACAACCAACAAUUCUGCUCAAUUACUUAAGCUAAAACCUUAUACAACUUAUAAUUUUUAUAUAAGAACCUAUUUAAAUAAUAUGGAAGUUAGGGAAAAAACUAGUUACAGAUCAUUCCGCACUUUACCAGACGAUCCUGAUGCUGUACCAUAUUUUAUUGCCACACCAAUAAGCCAUGACUCAAUAAAACUGGAAUGGGCAGCACCAGAAACCACUAAUGGUAAACUAGGAAAAUACAAAAUAAAUAUUUACAAAGAGGAAGACGACAUUACUUUCAUAAGGAAAAGAAACUACUGUACGCACCCCUUUAGUCCCUUGGGGAAUCAAAUAGACAACUCAGCAGACGAACUGCUCCUACCGAAAGUCCAUAAUGAAACUGUCCCGCCAAAUGAACAGUGUGCCCCUACAAACGAAGAACUUAACAUUCGACUCCAGAAUAAUCAUUGGCUAUUUCUCUGUGAUAUUCAGUCUCAAUCGAAGUUUGGUGUGGACUAUUGCCGAAAGUAUUACUAUGAUAACGAAUAUUUUGAUACUAACAGAUCUCAAGUAAAAAGGUCCCAGAUUACGGAUGACAACCCCUAUAAGAAAACGGUCCGAGACAACUUUUUCUCGAUUAAACUAGGACCAAAUGUGACCAGUUACACUUUCACGAAACUAAAGCAGUUCACUCAAUACGUGUUUUACAUAGUCGCUUGUAACGAAAACGACUCUGGACGCCAGUUAUGUAGCCCAGUACUGCAAAAUUUUACGAGAACCUUAAAAAAUCCAGAGGCAGAUAAUGUCCAGGAUUUUGUAGUGCAAGUGAUGAAUUCUUAUGAUAUUGUCGCAACAUGGAAGGAACCGCAGAACCCCAAUGGGUUUAUCUUGGCUUAUAACGUGAUUUAUAGAAAGGAGUCGAAGGGUUCGAAACAUUCCAAGAACCAAACUGAGUGUAUAUUACCAGAACAUUUUCGACAAAAUAAGAAAGUUGUUUUAAGAAAUUUGAUUCCUGGUAGGUACGUGGUGAUGGCUCAAGCAGUAUCUUUUGCUGGUCCAGGACAAUUAAGUGUUCAUCCGAUUCAGAUUGAUGAAGCGGAAAUUAAUCCGUGGUGGAUUGUACUAAUUGGGGUUGGUUUUUUAGGUUUUCUAAGCGCCAUAGCAAUCAUAACCUUUUUAAGAAUGAAAAGCAAACAUUUUUCGGAUAAUGUGCAUUUAAUUACUCAUGUUAACCCCGACUACGCCAUUGUGAACUACAAUACGGAUGAAUGGGAAAUUGAGCGUGAUGAUAUCAAGACCAUGAAUCUUAUGGGUCAAGGAACCUUUGGAACCGUCUAUUUGGCACAUUGGAAAUCCAAAAAUAUGGCUUGUGCUGUAAAAACAGUAAAAGAGGAGGCUUCGUCUCAAGAAAAAAUACGAUUUUUGGAAGAAGCAUCUACCAUGAAGGAUUUUACCGACGGUCCCCAUGUAGUAAAGCUUUUUGGAGUGGUAUCUAAGAGCCAACCUUUCCUUGUCGUAAUGGAAUUAAUGGAGCGUGGGGACUUGAAGAGAUAUUUGCUAAAAAUCGGAGAGUCUUCACAAACGAUAACUUCAAACGAAAUUUACCGAAUGGCCAUCGAGAUUGCCGAUGGACUGGCCUAUCUAGCAUCUCGGAAAUUUGUCCAUAGGGAUCUUGCUGCUAGAAAUUGUAUGGUUAGUCAGGAUCGGACAGUGAAAAUUGGAGAUUUUGGUAUGGCAAGAGACAUUUACCAAAGUGACUAUUACAAAAAGGGUAGCGGCAAUACACUCUUGCCAGUUCGCUGGAUGGCUCCCGAAGCCCUUGCCGAUGGUGUCUACACUUGUAACUCUGACAUUUGGAGCUAUGGCGUUGUUUUGUGGGAGAUUGUUACCUGUGCAUGUCAGCCAUAUCAAGGUAUGGUCGGUGAAGAAAUCAUUAAAUUUGUAUUAUCAAAAGGAACGUUAGAACGACCGUCAGAGUGUCCAAAUUUGCUCUGGGAAAUAAUGAAAAAGUGUUGGGAUUGGUAUCCUUCCCGCAGGCCUACAUGUUUUGAAAUCAUUGAAAUUUUACAGGAACAUGUGGGUCCGAACUUCAAAUCCCUUUCAUUCUACCAUAGUACAAAAGGUCAACAGUACCUAAUGAGCCACGGGUCAUCAGUGCGAGCGAACGAACCUGCCGCCCUGUCUUUGAGCAAAAACUGUUACCAAAUUAAACAAGCGACUAGAGACUUUUCUUUAAACAAUGAAGUAGCUGAGGAAGAAGAAGAAGAAGAAGAAGAAGAAGAAGAGGAAGAGGGUUUAGUGCGGUUGAAUCUACAAGAUCCUGAUUAUAUCCCUCCAUCUAAUCCAAAUCAGAGGGUGAUGUACAGGUAGUGGGACGUGCUCGGAAGCUAUCAAUCCGAGCAGUUUUUAAGCUGUGAUUUAUUUGUAACUUAGUACCUUUGACUGUAUGUUGGAGAGAGUUUGACUAAAUAGAUGAUGGUGGUGUAAGCCCAAAGAAAUACAUAUAAGAAACAGAAAAUAUUUAUUUUUGACAAUAGAAUAAAGAACAUUGUUGUUUUAUUAUCAGUAUUUUUUAAUAUGUCUUUGAAGGGUAUGAUAUAUAACCAUAGUAUCAAUUUUUAUUGGACUCUUAUUGUUCAUAUAUUUAUAAAAUUCAAAAUAAAUUUAAAUUCCAUUUAAAUCAGGAGGAGAUCUUACUAUUUAAUUUCCGUCCUAUAAAGACAUAUGAAAAUAUAAUUCAUGAUUUUUCGUCAAAAAGCAUCUAUGCUGUAUGGAUAUUUUCUGAUAUGAAAGAAGGUGUGCAAUAAACGUAUAAUAAAGAGAAGUUUCCCUCUACUAAUUGUAACCGAAUUACCUAAAAUAAAUACCUCAGCGUUACACCCCUAGAUAAAUAAGAAAUUUUAUGUCAUGUUUUAACAAAACCCGUAGAUAAAUAAAUGUACCUAUAAAUGUUGGUGUAUAUAAAAUAAAGAUAUAAAAGAGACGACAAAAACUCCUAUUUUUGUCAGUAGUGUGAAACCCAAUGUAGCGAUAGAGCCUGAAUGAAGUUUUAUUUUUAACCUGAAUGUUUCUUUUUAAGUUUAAUUUUUAUACUGCCAAAGGAAAUCUGAAACCUUUUAUUUGUAAGACUGUGUAUUAGUUGGCAAGCCUGUGUACUAGUUAUUCGAAAUGGUUCAUAAAUUGUAAUAUCUCUAGACAAAUGUAUUUGAAUAGGCUCCAUGUAUUUCAUAAGAGUGCAAAUUUCUAUCAAAAAGUUGUUGUAUGUGUUAUCUAGGAAAUAAAAUGUUUUUGUGAAAUUUAUAACUAAA